UUCACGUCACACAUCAAAAAAACUUUGGCAAGAAAACGACGCAUCGAAUGCGAAUUUCAAUUUUAUAGCGAAGGUCCGGCAUAGAAACGAAAGUGAAAGCGUUUUUUCCUCGAGUUCAAUCGAAAAGUUUCAACUAGUUGUAAGUACCAACUGCUCCCGAUAGCCUAGCGUUCGCCUGGAAAUCUGUUUUGAUACCAAGGCGGGCGGCAUUUAGCCGCAAACAAAUCUCGACAUUUCUCGCCUAACCUUAAAACGCGCCAUUGUUGUAUUUCCGUGAAGUUUUGCGGUGGAAAAAGGAGCGACCGGAAUAUUAGCCUCGCGUAGAAUCGAACCGCUCCGGCUCGCCGUAACGGGAUUCAGUGUGCCGGCAUUUCAGUGAUUUGUCUCUCGUUUUAGUUAUCGCGCGUAAAGCGUCUUGUCGUCUUGGAAAUUGUUGACUUGCCGCCCGUACAUGAGCAGUAAAAUGGGCAAUGAGGCGGGCGAGACAGAGGAAUAUUCUGUCGAAAAGAUACUGGAUAAGCGGAUUCGAGGCGGAAAGGUGGAAUAUUUCCUGAAGUGGAAAGGGUACCCCAACGAGGACAACUCGUGGGAGCCGGAAGAGAAUUUAGACUGCCCUGACUUGAUACAAGCCUAUGAAGACGAGAGGAAGCGUAAGGAAAAGGAAGGUGAGAGCAAAGAAGAUUCAACAAAUCGAAAACGUGGCACCGGCACACCCGUCAACGAGGGAAGCAAAGCGAAAAAGAAACACGUCGAGGAUAAUAAAAAACAAGGAUUCGAUCGAGGUCUCGAACCAGAGCGAAUAAUCGGUGCAACAGACUCCUCCGGACAGUUGAUGUUCUUAAUGAAAUGGAAGGGGACGGAAGAAGCUGAUCUGGUGCCAGCCAAACAAGCCAAUAUUCGAUGUCCACAAAUUGUAAUACAGUUCUACGAAGAGCGACUCACGUGGCACACGGCCUCGUCAAGUGAGGGAUCCAAGGAUCAGCAGAAGGAUUGAAUGAGUAAAAUGUAAUAAUAUAAAUUUAAUUAAAAAAAAAAAUGAGGAGAAACAAAAAAAAGAUUCAAUCAAGAAAAAAAAAGAUGCCGCGUCUGUUCUACUCACCAGUAAACCAUUAUUUUUAUCAAUUAUGAAGUGAAAAUCUCUCCCCCACGAAAUAAUAUUCGUUGUAAAGAAUAUAUUGUGUAAUAAAAUGUGGAGUGAAUGGAAAAAAGGAAGAAUAAGGCAAACUAGAUACACAAGAACUUGGUACAUUUCAAGGGAAACUCUUAUUUGUUUGGUCUCAAUCUCCGGAUAGAUCUUUUGCCUCUUUUUAUCUUGUUCUCCUUUGUCAUUUCCUGGGAUCUGCCUACUAUUGCACAGGGCAGGGUCUCUCGGUUAAAACCAUGUGCAACCCGGUCUGACGGUGAAUUUUUUGUUUUCUCUUUUUUGUUCGUUCUUCUAAAUAUAGGCUUUGACUUUAAGAAGUUUUAUUCUCUCAUCAAUCGAUUUAUAGUAGUCGAAUUUUACAUAAGCAACAAUACGCAGGCAAUAUGUUCGUUUAAACAUAAUUGGCUAAUGUAAUAAGAUUUUUAAGCAAUUAAAAAAACAAGAUAAUGAACAUCUGAUAUAACCAGUAAACAAAAUACACAAUUGACAAGAGUACAUUUAA